UAUGACUAUUUUAAAUGUCGUAAUGAACUAAGGCUUUAAAUAUAAGUGACCUCGGGCUUAGGGCAUAAGUGGGGACGAUAGUUCGAGCGUUCCUGUCAGCAUGUCUGAGCCUAUUAGAGUUCUGGUGACCGGUGCUGCUGGGCAGAUUGCCUAUUCCCUUCUGUUAAGCAUCGCCAAGGGGGAUGUAUUUGGGAAAGAGCAGCCAGUCGUCCUUCUGCUUUUGGACAUAACGCCCAUGUUGCCAGUUUUGGAAGGUGUUGUCAUGGAACUGCAGGACUGUGCUCUUUCACUUCUGAGAGAGAUUAUUCCCACUGACAAGGAGGAGGUGGCCUUCAAAGACCUGGAUGUGGCCAUCCUGGUGGGCUCAAUGCCCAGGAAGGAAGGGAUGGAGCGGAAAGACCUGCUGAAAGCCAACGUGGCCAUCUUUAAGAGCCAAGGAACAGCCUUGGAGAAGUUUGCCAAGAAGACAGUCAAGGUGCUGGUUGUGGGAAACCCUGCCAACACCAACUGUCUGAUCACAGCCAAGUCUGCUCCCUCCAUCCCCAAGGAGAACUUCUCCUGCCUCACCCGCCUGGACCACAACCGGGCUCGCUCUCAGGUGGCAAUGCGCUGUGGCGUCCCUGCCACUAAUGUGAAGAAUGUCAUCAUCUGGGGCAACCACUCGUCCACCCAGUACCCAGAUGUGCACCACUGCACGGUCAACAUGUCAGGCAGUGAGCUGGCCUGCUUCGAUGCAGUCAAGGAUGACGCUUGGCUCAAAGGAGAUUUCAUAUCUACAGUUCAGCAGAGAGGUGCUGCAGUCAUCAAGGCCAGGAAGUUGUCCAGUGCCAUGUCUGCAGCCAAGGCCAUCUGUGACCACAUGAGGGACAUUUGGGCUGGCACUCCAGAGGGUGAGUUCACCUCUAUGGGGAUUUACUCCACUGGAAACUCCUACGGAGUCCCAGAAGACCUUAUCUACUCAUUCCCUGUCCAGAACAAGGACAAAAGCUGGAAGAUUGUGGACGGUCUGGCGAUUAAUGCAUUUUCUCGGUCAAAGAUGGACGCCACAGCAAUAGAGCUGAUAGAGGAGAGAGACAUGGCUGUGGCUUUCCUGGCAGUAUGACUAAACCCAACACACCCACUACUCCAGCAAGUAGACAGCCCCAAAACUCCAGAUUCACGCCUGUGAUGAAGUGCUCAGUCAGCCCAUUCGUCACUCAGUGAAGGUGUGUCUGAAAGAGAAAGUCAGUCUUUAUGAUUGUAAAGAUGGAUUUACGUUUGUGCAUUAAACAGGAAUGGGUUUGAGGAAAGAUGUAAUUUGUGAUCUAGAAGAUUUAUUGGACAGGAUUUGUUUCAUGUUCAGUAGAAAGCAGAGUCGCUCCUUCUAAUGACAUAACUUCACUAAUAAACUCCAAACAUGGUUCUCUGGGUGUGAAUGAAUGGAUGACUAUUACAUAAAGUCAGACCUGCUCUGUGUCUUCAAGCACUGUGGCAGAUAACUUAAAGAAUAAACACUUUAAACAAUGAA